GCUAACGACAACCAGAAGUGGGGACGGGAAGCCUGCUCCAAAACGAGAGAAAAUCGACGAGCCUAUGCUGCAAUAUAUAAGGCCUACUGAUGUUACCUUGUCAUCAGUAUUCGAAAGAACACUGCUCAACACAUACUCGAGAUGCUCAGGACUCUGGUUUUGGUGGCAAUGUGCGCGUGGGCGGUGGCUGCGCAGGACCGCUACCCGGCCGGCCUGUCGGCGGCGCUGUGUCCCAACUACCCGUUGUGCGACAACAGCGUCAUCGCCACCUUCUCGUCUCCGGCCGGCGCGCCCGCGGCUCGCUCCUACCCCGCAGGAGUGGCAGCCGCCGCCUGCCCCAACUACCCCUACUGCAACAACAACGUCUACCCAGGCUACGCGGCGCCUCGCGAGUACCCUCCUGGUGUUCACCCUGCCGCCUGCCCGGGCUACCCCUUCUGUUAGCCGCGCUCUCCUGUCUAAAUUAUUUCAGUGUCGCGCAAUAGGUUCGAUAAAUGUAAGUUUUCAAUGUGCCAUAUUAAACCAAUAAGCGUGUAAAUCUUAACUGUUCCUACUACAAAAUAAAGCCUUUGCAUGUA